AUGACAUCCAGCCUCCUCAAACCUCUCGCUGUAUUCAGCCGCCAAUCCCAAUCCCAGCAAUACAUCAAAUCUAUCAAGAACCUAGGCAACGCAUGGCGCACCCUUCCCGAUGAACCUUGCACAGAAUCCGAGAGAACGACAGUCAUACAAACAACAUUUGAUUUCAUACUCAAAAUCACAACCGAGUCUGACGGCUUAAUAGUCGAGAUGACGACACUUGAGCCCCCUCCUCCCGAGCCUCAAUCAACCCCGCCUCGACACUACCGCAUAUUCCCAGAGUAUGGAACCGACUUUAUCUGGCGAGCUGUUGAGGAUAUUACAGAGGACGUGCAAGGAUACACCGAGUCACAAGACGAACUCGUCUCGUUCCCGCCUUCAGUGCUGGAGAUGUAUGAUGCUUGGGUAAAUCAGUGGAGCACUAACUGGGAAAAGAGAAUUCAAGAUACACAGGACUAUCAUGCCCCUGUCUUCUCGGAUAGAAUAGAGCAGGUGGCGUGGAAUGUCGCUGGGUAUAUGUUGGCUUGGCGUAUUGUUCUAGGUCCUGGUGUUGGAAGUAUCGAAUACAAAGCUGGUUCUACAAACUACCUGCUUGCGCAGGGGAAUGAAUUGACUGAGACGGAGAGGUUCUUGGAGGAUCAGAUUGAGCUUUUGGCUAUGGGGGCCGAGGGGCUACCAUGA